AAGACUGAUUCAUUCUCCUUUACUGCUUUAGGUAAUUAAUAUCUCAUCCCCAAAUACUCCAGGACUACGCCAGCUUCAGGGAAGAAAGCAGUUGAAGGAUCUUGUGAAGAAGGUUCAAGCAGCUCGUGAUGAAAUGCAGUGGGGUGAGGAAGGACCUCCGCCUUUACUUGUGAAAAUUGCACCAGAUUUAUCUAAACAAGAUCUUGAAGAUAUUGCAGUGGUGGCUGUUGCUCUUCGUGUGGAUGGACUGAUUAUAUCAAAUACUACAGUCCAAAGACCAGAUUCCAUAAGUCAAAACCCUGUGGCUCAAGAGACUGGUGGCUUGAGUGGGAAGCCACUCUUUGAUAUGUCAACAAAUAUACUGAAGGAGAUGUACAUUCUGACUAAGGGAAGGAUUCCUCUGAUUGGCACUGGGGGUAUUAGCAGUGGUGAGGAUGCUUACAAGAAAAUUCGAGCUGGUGCCACUCUUGUUCAGCUUUAUACAGCGUUUGCAUAUGGAGGCCCUGCACUUAUCCCCGAUAUAAAGGAUGAACUUGCUCGUUGCUUAGAAAAGGAUGGUUAUAAGUCAGUCAAUGAGGCUGUUGGAGCAGACUGCAGAUAGUAGUAGUUGAUAUACUAAACCAGUCUUUUGAGUUUGAGGAGCAGAGCACAUUUUUGCCACUUAUAAUAAAUGAUAUUUAUGGUUCCCUCCCAUUUGGCCUCAUAUCAUUUGCUUCAUAAUUUGUGAUGUCUUCCCAAAUUUUAGCUGUUUAUGGAUUUCGUGGCAGGUGCCAGUAUUUUUGAAAUGUAAUAUAGGAACAAAAUUUUGUAUGUUUGGUUGAGUUUUCUCUUGAUAUGGAAUUAAAUCCACACAAUACAAACUACAAAUGGUGAAUUCUUGCUCAUA